AUGGCAGCGUCCCGAACGGAUGUCGCGCGGAGGUUAGCUGCUUUCGAGUUUGCUUGCCACGCCAUGGAUACAGCAUUUUCAGAGGCGCAUUCCUUGCCAAGAAUUCCGCGACCCGCCCUACGUGACCGAGGGAAUCCGAUGGAGCUGUACGACGACCAACAAUUCCUCGGUCGCUACAGAUUCACGAAGAACGCCGUGCGACAGCUUCUCGCUAUGUUGCCUAUCCGGGAAAGCGGUGACAACAGAGGACAGCCUGUGCCUCCCAUGCUGCAGUUGCUGAUGGCUCUGAGGUUUUACGGUGCUGGCACGUUUCAAACAGUCACCGGGGAUCUGGUCCGCAUUCCUCAGUCAACAGUGUGCCGCGCAGUUGGAAAGAUGACUCUGCUCAUCGCGAAGCACCUGCGCCCGAUGCUGGUGCGCUUCCCGCAGUCGGCCAGACUUCCCAAAGUGAUGCGGGAUUUUUAUGAAGUGGCUGAAUUUCCUGGCGUAACCGGAUGCGUUGACUGCACACACGUGCGCAUUAAAAGCUCCGGCGGUGACGACGCGGAGGUCUUCCGUAACCGCAAGGGCUUUUUCUCCAUCAACGUGCAGGCUGUCGCCGGACCACACUUGCAAUUUUUUGACAUCGUUGCCGGCUGGCCAGGUUCGGUGCACGAUAGCCGAAUUUUUGACAAUUUCCGCUUGCGGGUGCUCUACGAGGAGAGCAGGGUGCCUGGAGUGUUGCUGGGAGAUGCGGGGUAUGCAUGUCAGCCAUUCUUGCUGACACCGCUCUCAGAUCCUGGCCCAGCACACACACCACAAGGAAGGUACCAGAAAGCCCACAUAAGGACACGCAACAUUGUUGAAAGGGCGUUCGGCGUCUGGAAGCGCCGCUUUCCUUGCCUGGAUAUGGAGCUGCAGCAUAAGGAGGCAAACAUCGUCCUCAUUAUAACAGCCUGUGCAGCACUGCACAACUUGGGUUGUCUGCUGAAGGAGCCGCAGCCUCCUGUUCACAGAGUUCCCGCAAGCCCCUCCAGCACGACAAGGGCAAAUCGAACACUGCACUUGCCACCAGUUGAUCGCCUCACUGACAGCUUUUCAGGAAUGCAAGCACGGCAGCUACUUAUCCAGAAGAGCUUCACUUAGGUAAAGACUGCAGAUUUCUCCACAGUGUGCCAUACAUCUGAACUCAAGCAUAAUUGCGAAGUGCACCUACGUGCACG